AUGCAUCGACCACGGCCGUUGUCAACGGUGACAGUACUGGUAUUUAAGUAGUACGUUUAGCGUCGCGUACUGAUGCUUGUACAUGUACUGUACAUAUACAUUAGAUAGCACGGUAUAAUAAUUAUGCUUGAUCGAGUCCGCUAUCGAGUUCUGCCGUCUUGGCCCAAGAUUGGGCAAACAUACGCACAUGCGAAAAUGUAUAACGUGUGGGCUAGAAUAGUGUUACAACUUAAUUAAGCAUAUGCACUCUAGGGGCGCUGUUCGGCGUGCAGCUGCUUGUGCGCCACUUUUGCGGCUUCUAUAUUUUUAAGGGAUUGAAGUCUCAAAUCCAUUCGUAUUUUUCUUUGAGAGAGGGCAUCGUUGGUUGACUGGUUGUAAAAGCCUGGAAUCAAGUACCAGACGCGUGUGAAAAUGGCUGUUCACGUUCCCGUUGAUGACGACGUUGGGCUCCUCCCCUUGAGGGACCAGGUUGAACCUCCACUAGCAUUUCGUGCUUUCAACGAGUGUCCCAGCCCGGACCUCUCGGUGGUAGAUCUGUCGGACCCGUCCAAGGCUGAUCUUUACUCGUACAAGUCGGCCCACGUUGUCAUGAUCACCAUCAUCUACCCGUGCCUGUGCACUGUGGGACUGGUCGCUAAUCUGGCUUUCCUUGUUAGCGUCUGGCGGGUCAAGUACAUGCGCACCAUCACAAACAUCUAUCUAUCGAAUCUUGCUGUGGCCGAUAUAAUCUUCCUUGUAACAGGGACUUCUUUUGGUCUAUGGAAAUACUUUGUCACCCCAGUAACGUCUGACUUCUCACUGUGCGGGGGACCUGUUGGCUGCUUUGCUUUGGUUCAUCUCAACGCAACACCUUUUCAGGCGUCGACCCUCCUAGUCACAUUGGUUUCACUGGAGCGCUACCUCGCCAUUUGUCGGUCCAUAUACCACCACCGGAUCAACAGCCAAAAACGGACGGUCGGUCUCGUUGUCUGUGUAUGGCUGGCAGCCAUCCUACUGUCCUCGGUUCUCAGCUCCUCAGGCACCGAAUACACCACAACUUGUGUGUCAUGGCCCGCCGAGGAUAAGUACCGCAGCUACCCUCAGACCAUAGCCAGUUGCUUCACUCUUGGUGCCGUAUGGCUCCACGCUGCUAGCUUUGCAGUCUACGUUGUGCCAUACUUUAUCGAGUUCACGAUAGCCGUUGUCGUCUUCUACAAGAUCCUUAACACACUGCAGAAAAGAAGUAAUAUUUCUGGUACUGUGAGUGCUCAACCCGGGGCGAAUGAUAACGUCAAUCGCAUCAGGAACCGCGUCGCCUUCAUGCUGGUCAUAGCUGGAAUUACCUCGUUUUCCUUGGUGACCCCGCGAGUGAUCGUAACCAUUUACUCAUACGUAAUAUUUUUCGCUGGUAUCACUGGCCCUCUAACACAAGACCAAAUAUUCGUCAUCUAUAUAACAGUGAACUUGCUGUUGUAUCUGAACUCCGUUCUGAAUCCGUUCAUCUACGCCUUUUGCAAUUCCCGCUACAGAGCUUCGGUGGUUGAAGCUUUCUUUGGAAGGUGUGUUUCUUCGGGAAAUAAUAUGAGUUAUGAACGUGACACGAACAUGGCAAACAAUGAUGCAAACAGAAGGACAGAGACUACUAUGUAAUUCUACUAGUAAUAUACGUUUUACGAAAACGACCUUGUAGCACGGUUUUCUGUCAGCAGUUACAAGUACAUGUGAUGGCGCUACGAGUCGUACGCCUCCCUUUCGUAAGGAACGGAGUCUACAUCAUUGUGGCGGAAAGAGUGAUUCUAGUAUGUUUGAAUUAAGCCUCUUUAACAAAUAGCAACCUAACUGUUUGCCGUUGUUUAGGGAAUAACUAUAAAGAUCAGUUACACUGCUUUUAGGCGAAAAGGUUAAUAAACAUAAAAAUUGGUCAUUAUUACCCAUAUGACUAAACUGGCAGCUUCUCCUCACAUUUAUAAAAAUUCGUCAUUGGGAGUUCAGAUCUACUGCGAGAAUGCUCAGAGUAAAACAACUGAGUCGAUGAGGGCCACAAACAAAUUUAGCGAUUUGAUGAUGUCAUAAUAAGGCUCUCGACCCCCCCAGACUUUGUUGACCUUGCGGGCAUAAUAGGCUGUCUGGUUGCGACCCAUCGCAAAUGUUCUCAGCGAAUAAGGCUGUUCGUGCAUGAGGUUUCAUGGUUAGACUCAGGUUGGGCUUCGCCUAGAAUACGCGAAGAAAUGCAAGACUUGUAGUAUUGAAAUUCCCGUUUUCAUGAGUGGACACAGCCCAAGCUGGGCCUCUGCACGAACAUGCUACGUACUGAGUGCAGCUAGGGCGCGCAGUUGCCAAAAGUAAGUAUGUCCGGUAAUAUGAUACCGCGGCGCCAGCUACGCGGGUCACCAAAACACUGGACUUCCUACUUUGCGUUUGAUUACGCACCUUUGACCAAACUUAAACCGUCGAUGUCUCCCUCAACUUUGUCUACAAAGUCUCGUGACACUAUCACAGAAUUACAGUAACAUUCAAAUGUUUAAGUUUAGGACUCUAUAGCUCAGCAGAGAAGACAAGUAAAGUAAGUAAUACGUCUGGGGGCCAAGGACUAAUUACGGAAAAGCCCCUCAAUAGCUGUCGCGUUGUAAUAGUCCCACAUCCUAGCCUGGCCAUUAAGGCGCUUUCAAAAUAAUAAAUGGUCGUAUAAAUGCAGAGCUGUAGUGUGUCGUCAUCAAAACAGGCUUCUAUAGGAAGCCUCCGACGAAAUUUGUUUUCAAAUGCCGGAUAUGAAGAACUUCAGCUCGUGUUUUUUUAUUACCCUGGUAGCAAACUUUAUUUAGUUUUACAUAAAAUAUUGUUUGGAGUAUAACUAAAAUUCAUAAAAAGUGACAUUGUGAUUUACCAAUGUGACUGGUCUUUAAUACGAACUUGUCGCUAGUUAAGCAUUUGUAGACGAAUCGACUUCUGUUGCAGUGGGCGUUUGGCAUUGUAAAGACGUUACUUUUUUAAAGGGGUAUGGUAAGAAAAAAAGUAUAUUGUCGGGAACAAACUUGUUGAUAGAACAACAAAAUUUGGUUGAGGAACUACAAAGUUUGUUGAGAAAACAACCAUUUUUGUUGAGGGAACAACGUUUGUUGAGAAAAAAAAUUGCUGAGGGAACAACAAGAUUUGGUGAAGAAACAAUCAUUUUUGUUGAGGGAACAACAAAAUUUUGUUUAGGGAACAACAGAUUUUGUUGAGGGAAUAACAAAAUUUUGUUGAGGGAACAACAAAUUUGGUUGAGGGAACAACAAACAUUGUAAAAUCGGCAUUGUUCAGGGCCAAAUAAUGUGCAUACCAACAUCCCCGAGGUUUCUGAAAUACAAAUUAAAUUGUUGUCUGGUUCCUAAUCUUUGACUUUCUUUUCAAUUUUCUGUAGAUUAACUGAAUUUUUAGUUACCGUAUUGCCAUAAAACAAAAUCACCUCCCAAUAAGUGAUUUUUCCAAAGUCUCCUUGCAGCCAUUUAUCAAGUGGCAACUCUCAACUUUCUCGAGCACUUUGGACCAUUUUCCAACCGUAUUUUUUAGCCAUUCUGCUCUCAAAUGAAAGCCCAGAGAUCCAGGGAGUUGAUCGUGGCAAAGAUUACACAAUCUCACGAUUUUGGGGCAAAACAAUCUCCUUUUUCAAAAGAUACUGUGGAGACACUUUAAUACCAUAGAGCAGGCCAGAAAUUCUCACUUGGAUUAGUAGACUGCGUCCAAAAUUUAUAGUUCCCUCAACAAUACUUGUUGUUCCCUCAACAAACUUUGUUGUUCCCUCAACAAAGUGCGUUCUCCGAUUAUAUAUAUUUUUCUACCUUGUCCCUUAAAAACCCGACCCAUUAUUCAUAAUACGCGUGCAGCUGUACGAUCACACAUGAUCCGUAAGAUCCAACGCCGCAACACUGCAAAUAAGAUUCAUCCACGAAAUCCCCGUUGUGUGGAUCCGUUUCAGUACGUCGGGAAUAUUUGCAGAUUUGGUAACGUUUAACGAUCACUUUACUAAAAAUUAGCUGCAGUAAAUUUUAUGAAAAGACUAUUGAGAGGUGUUUAAUUUCCUUUGGUCACCUAUGCCUUAUUAAUUUAUGUGUAAUGUCAUUCAAGAAUACAAACGCGCUAAGUAAUGACUGUUUUAAGACAUUUAUAUUGUUACUUUGCAAUAGCAAUAUUAUGGAGCCAACUGGAAAAUCGGCAACUUCCCUUUAAUGGACGUGCACACUUGCACAUAGACUGAUUUUAGACCUACACUUCAAAAUUUACAUGCCUUUAUUUGGUCCUAACAUCUCCAACGUUUCCUUUGUGGUUGGGAAAUAAGGUAUCUUCACUGGCUAGUGUUCUGGGAAAAUAUUGGGUUUUAGCCUAUACAUAUGCAUAUACAUGUACAUGAUCAAUUACUUUUUUGUUACGUUAGUCUUUCUGUUGAACAUAGUGACUGGUGAAGGAAGGAUUAUGAUGCCAGCUUUUACAUUCAACUUAUUUUCUUGUUCGGUUAAAACAAAAUUAGGGUCGAUUCGAUGUCGGUGGUUUGCAGUCAGCAAUAAAAAAUAUUAAUCCGCCCUCAACCUGCAUGACAACCAUCACGUUGGUGGCAAGGUUUCUUUUAACAUUAAGGUUUAUUUAACCAAAGAAUCACAUUUAUGUGCAAGCUCAUUAUUCUCUGGAAUUUGAUCAUGCAUAAUUCAUCUUAUUUGGAAUUACCAAAGUAAACGCUCUUGUCGCAAAAGAGUAACAACGUUUGGUCAUUAUUAACGUUAUCUUGUGGAUUAUAGCAGAUUUCUACAGAAAGUAAUACACAUAAACCGGCCAAAUAUCGCAAAAGCGUCAUCGUUACACAAACGUCGUGUUCCUUUUUUAUUAACCAAUAAGUUUGAAUCUAAACAGAUAUAAGGAGUGUUAGAAUUAUUAUGUGAUUGGUUAAAAUAAACUGCAAGACAUGAUGAAGAUUCUUUAAACUAUUACUGUGACGUCACUAUUUUGUUCAAGGUGUAGAUAAUUUUUUUACGAAUCCACUGAAAGCUGUAGAUUAUGUUUACAAAUCUACAGUUAAC